AUGUUUCUGUACCCUCAUGACCGACAAGACCCAGCGACCACUUGGUCACUGCGGCAGUGGGUUCGAGAGGCACAGCGAUUAUGUGGCCAAGAGGACCAAUUAGCCUUCAUCAAGUCCUCACUGCGUGUGUAUCCUCUGCCACCAUUCCGGGAGACACUCAGACAGAAUACGCACCUCCGAGGCCUGGCCUAUGACAAUAAUUGGAAUGUCAAGAUACCCCUCCAUCACGUACCCAACGUCCCACUUGGUAAAGUGGCUGAGCGAGGCAUUGUCCGUGUUCACUUUCCCCGCAUGUUUCAGAGGGACAUUGCUCGGGUCAUCAGUCCUGACAACCUUGCAAAAUUCUAUGAUGAUGGAGUCCUCAAGGCUGCUCGCGCUGUCCUCGGCAACAUGGCAAACCAUUGGCCGCGAUCAUAUGAGCAUGCCAUGACGCUGUACCGAGACAACAAAGGCCAACUUCAUUGGGGUUCACUCGAUGUUCCCGACCAUCUUCUUGAUGCAUUCUCAACCACACUCCGUACAUCCCUUGAUGAGAUUGGAGGAGUGUUCAGUGGUGCCUACUUCAGUCAUGAGCUGCGAGGGUGGAAAGGAAGUACCGUGCACGAGUCAUUCUCUCGUGCUGAGCGGGAGCUGGGCUUGGCGGCAAUGACAGGUAUCCUGGACCUCACCAAGAUCAAUCAAGCAGAGUGGGUUGUUGAUGUCGCACUCGAGUAUGGAGUUCCUGGUCAUGUUGUUGCUUGGCGCAAGCUUGGACAUGACCAGCUCCUGGACCAGGUUGCACCACAGCUGCCAGACAUAGAAGGCUUUCUCCGCUCCACAGUCAAGAUGGAUCCAGUCAUGCUGUCUCAUGAUUUGGCCGGGUUCCGAGUGGACUUCAGGCAGAGGGACAGAACUCCCAUUCUGUACAUGCAAGUCUACCACACUGAGAAGGCCCUUCACUAUGCCAAUCACAAGAAUCUUUAUUCGGAGCAGUUCCCAUCUGUGCUACUGUCCCCUGACUCAUAUCACAAGGUCCUCAAUGGCUUAGCAAGGAUUAGUGAGGGGAUGAUGGCUGCAGCUGGUGGUGAUGGGAGACAGGCCUCUGAAGGUUGUGCGCGUGUUGAACUUCGCAUGCCUUUGUCCUUGGGCAUCGACACACUAUCCGCCCCAUUCUCGGUUGCAACUGUACGACAUUGCCUUGCAAAAGUAGCUGCAAGGGACUGGUGGCUAUGGAAAUAUUACAGAUUGGCAGCUUGCUACAUGGUUCUCGAUAACCAUUUGUCCUUACCGGCACAAGUUAGAUGUCAACCAACCGUGCUGACCCUUGGGGCAGCAGCCAUGUGGAUAUGGUAUGGCUGCUUUCGCACACCAUGGAUGAAGGCUUGGGACUUGAUGGCCGGCGCCACUUACCAGCUGCCUGAAGAAGGUGAUGAAAAUGUUGACUACCCCCAGGAUGCACAGAAUCCCAUUCCAGCAAUGCUAUCACUCGGCAUGUUCUACCUCUGCGAUGUUGUCUGGGACACUGGGAGCUACUGCUAUCGCAUUCCGUCAACGGGGCUUAUAAACACAGAGCUUCUCGGGCGAGUCUACGGCCAGGCUGACCUACCAGAAGUGACCCGCAUACUCACCUUCAAUGCCAGCAAGACUGGAGCCGAGCGAGGCUCAGGAAAAGUCAACCCCACGCGGAACAAUAAUCAUGCCAGACGAGGACCACCGGCGGUGGAUCUGCUGCGAGACGAAGGCCGACCACUACCAACCUUGCCACAGCCACACUUACUGGCAGGGGCUCGGACGCGGCCCCCUGUCAGGCCCGAAGGGGAAGACAUUGACACGAUUGUGGAGCAGGGGGGAGGAGCAGUCAACGGAGAGAUUCUGGGGGUGACUGAACCAAGACCAGCUGUUGAUGUUGCGGUCCGGGUGCAGAAGAUCCUGGACCAGCUCUUUCUGGACGUGAUUGGCAUGGCUCCGAACAGGAAGGGCACCCAUGGAAUGAGCUACCUGAGCAUUCCAAAAGAGAUCCGUACAGAGGAGGCAACCGAAGCACUCUUCAAGACUGCCCGACUACCGUUCAAUCAGUGCCUCUACAAGAUCGUUACACCUCAGCAGUGGGAACUUAGAUGGAAGCACUUAUUCCCAUCCGAGAGAAGGGUGAAGGGUCAGAACUACCUGAAGGCCGAAUACUGGAGGGAAUAUUGGAUACUAAUGUCAUCUGUGGAAAGCAGCGUUCAAGAGCGCAUUCGGACUACUCUACGCAUGAAGCUGGAUGAACUGUGGUGGCUACCGUGGACCGAGGUAGAGAAGAUGUGGGUGUCGAAGAAAUCAGACAACAUGGAGCCACUCCCUCGGAACAGUACUGGUGGGGGACCCUGGAUUGCCAUGAAUCCAAGAUUUGCGCGCGAGUACCAUGACAAGCCAAAGCUACGAGGAGAAGAUACAUUUUCAAGAGGGGCAGUGAGGGAAGAGGAGGAAGAAAGCGAGUGA